AUGUGGGUGUGGAUCAGACUGCACCUGCCACUCACCGUUAGUGCAGCGGAUCCCAACGCCAAUACAGGCCUCGUCCAGGACCGAGCGGGAAACGAGAGGGAGGGGAGGGGGGUGAGAAGAGGGGGAGAGGAGGGGGAGAGAGAGGAGAGGGAGGAGAGGGAGGGGAGAGAAGGGCCUGCUCCAAAAGCCAAACCGGAGGAGCUCUGA